UUGUCGUUUGUAAACGUUGUUGUAAACAUUAUCGAGAUCUGAACAGUUUUGUGUGAAGCAGAUUUGAAAUGUAUCGAAGGGGCGCAGGGGCGGCAAGACAGACAACACAAGAAAUAACUGGCUAUGUUGUCGUUCAAGCGGACCAAAAUAAUGAGAGUGAUGAUGAUAGUGAUGUAGACGAGGAUGAUGACUGGCUUGAUGAUGAUCAAAUGUCGGCCAUGUCAAUGGGUGGAACUUUGGUCAAAAGAAAUUCAGCUAAAAAUCAAAGAGUUACAAUCAAACAAAUCUUAGAAGGAGGAAAAUCGUAUGUUUGUAAAGGUCAGUUCCCAUUGGUUGAUCCAUGGUGGAAGGUCACAUGUCAUAUUUACCAAGGUAAUCGGCAACAUGUCUUCUUCGUUGACCAUACACGACCAAUCAAAUACGAGAUAAGGAAAGAUGAAGAUGUCAUCAGACAUAAACUCAUGAAUAUGUUUAUCAGUAAAGUUACGAAGCCGCACGAUGAUUCAGAUAUGCAAGAGAAAAGAGGAACAGCUUUUGAACAAUUUGUUCGUGAUAAUGGAUAUGAUAAUAGUCUUUAUUUUGAGAAUUUUGAAAACUAUUAUCAACAAUUUGAUGAUGAAUCGACCAGAUAUCAGGUUAACAGUAUCUGGCCUCUCAUUCGCAAGUCAGAGCAAGUUCGACUCCUGCAAGCUGUUGUUGAUUUUCCAGAACUGUUUCAAUUUCUUGGUCAACUCCGUCCAAAACAAUUUCUGUCCAUCUUUGAAAAUGUUGGUGCACAUAUUCUUCGUCAACUGGACUCUUGUCGUCAAGAAUAUCCAUGGGAAUUUGGAUUCUCUUCGAUCAUGUACAAACAAUACGGUUUAAUUGGUAUGGAGGCUUCGUUAAACGAUUUCGUUAGAUGUCGUCUUCUCACGUCAUUUCCUACCGUUUACCAGGAUGCUUUAAAUAUUUAUGACUUCCUGAAAAAAGAUGCCAGAGAAAACGGCCAUACUUACAUAGAAAAAUUCCGAAUGAAAAUGGGAAAAUUUUUUAAUGAUUACCGAGUCGUGAAAUGGGAAGAAGCGUUGAAAUAUUUGGAACAGCACGCAAUCAUAAAAAGUGAGGGAAAGGAUCGUCAGACGAAGAUCUAUUUAAAGAGAAAUUGGCAGGCGGAGAAAGAUGUAGCCAAACAUUUGAGUGACAUGAUUAACAAUGAAGACAAUAGAAUGGGUCACUGGGAUGUUGAUUUUACAAGUGAAGAUUUUGAUAAUCUCUAUGGUGAUUCUGAUCAAUGGAGGGCUGUUCAUCUUAUUACCCAGAAUCCUGUAGCAGUGCUUUCUGGGAAGGGUGGAUGUGGCAAGACGACUGUAGUUACACAGUUAUUAAAACAUAUCUGUACUAAGAGCCACAAAAUUGAAACAGAAAACAAAGAUGAUACCUUGGAUAAAACAGGGGCAGAUAACUCUAACCAAACUUUAGACGAAUCAAGCAUUUUACAAGAGAAUGAGACAAGUUUUGACCAACCGAUACAAUAUUAUAAAUCGCCAUGGAAAUCACAGAAAGAAAUGAUGAAUUCUACGUUACGUAAUGGUGACCAUGACGACAGUGAUGAAAACGAAGAUGAUAGUGAUGACGAAGAUGUUCAUUAUUUAUCUAAAACACCUGUCGGUGAAACCAUAUUACUUACAGCACCAACAGGUAAAGCUGCGAAUCUGUUGGGACGUAAAGCGUGUAUGGAGUCGUUUACGUUACAUCAUGUUAUAAUGAGCUACAAGGGUUUCUGUAAACGAAAGGCCGACUACUUUAAAGAAAAGGGGCUGGCUGGUAACCAGGACAACAACAAUGAUGAUGAUGGAAGUGAUGAUGAUGAAAAAUCACAAAGAAAUGCUACGAAUUUCGUAAAUGAAAAAUCUGGCGGUACAAAUCAAAAUGGAAAAUCCAAAAAAUAUGCUAAAGAUUUCGGAGAUGAAAAUUCUGACGGCCUAAAUGAACAUGAAGAGGGUCUAAAAAAUGGCGUUAGAGACGUAGAUUCAGAAAUGGACGCGACUCAGAAUUCUGAAAAUGUCCUUGGUAACGAAGCAAGGUAUCCAAACAAUGAUCCAGAAAUGCCAAGAUGGAAGUUUGAGAAUAAAUCUGUUUUAGUUGUUGAUGAAUGUAGUCUAGUUUCUGUUCGAACGAUCGCAACGGUGCUGAAUAAUCUCAAGAGACUCGCGGGAUUACGCAAAAUUAUUUUGUUAGGUGACGUACGACAGUUGCCCUCCGUGGAACCAGGAAACUUUCUAUGUGAUAUUUUCCAUGUGUUAUCUCCCCUUGGAUGUUGUAUGGAAUUAAGAACCAAUCAUCGGUCAGAAUCAGAACUUAUUGUCAAAAAUGCAACAAAGAUUUCGCAAAUGAAGCUACCAGAUUACGACAACAGAAAAUUUUGUCUAUUGGAGAUUGGAUUUGAAGAAGGAGAUAAUGAAAUAGAUGCCCAAAUCCGCCAUCUAUUAAAAACAUCGAAUCUGGAUCAGGAGACAUCACAGUUUGUUUGUUUUCAAAGGCGACGCUGUGAAAGCAUCAAUGAAUUAUGUUGUAAAUUUUACAAUGACCACAUAACAAAAGACGAUCGAAAGAGAUAUUUGUUUCGACAGGGUGAUAAAGUUUGUAUGAGUAAAAAUGCUGAGAUUAUCAACUACAGAUCUCGAUUACCAUCUAAGAAGAAGCCAAAACAAUGUGAUUCUGCCCGGCCAAACGGUUCACAGACAAUCAGCCAAUCGACUAGAAGUCGUGGGAAUGUUAGAAAUGGUUUUAGUAGUCAAGAAGCUGCUGAUUUCAUUAUGGAAGACACUGAUAAAGAAUUAUUGCCAGUUUCUCAACAUAGUUUAUCAACUCAGACGCAGAAAAAGAAGAAAGAAAAAAAAAAUAAAAAUGUUCGACUAUGUAAUGGUGAAGUGUUCUUUAUUAUUCAUGAUGUUUCGGAAACGUCAGCCGAUGGUAAAACAAUAAGGUACAUAACUCUAACAGAUAAAGAAGAACCGAAAGAGAAAAUGGUGUGUGUAAAUUAUCGUGAUUUGAUAAAGAAAUGUAAAAUGAGACAUGGCUGGGCUCGUACUAUUCAUACAUACCAGGGUUCUGAAUCGACGGCGGUUGUUUACGUUGUCUACCGAUCAUUCUACGAAAACUGGCAACAUGUCUACACGGCCGUUACUAGAGGGCGCUGUUCUGUUUAUAUGGUGGGCAAAAAGUGUAAUAUUGAUCGUGCAAUAACGACUAGUCAUAGACCACGACGAACUUCACUUAAAGAAAAAUUACUGGACAACGUACAGAAGUUUCCUGAAAUUCUCCAGACACUACAAGAAGAUCUGGAUACUUUUAUCAACAACUCAACAGAAGAAAGAAACCAGAAGCAGGUUAAUAAUAACGGUGUGGCCGAGACCUGGGGCGAGGGAGACGAUGAUUGGGAUGAUGAAUAUAUGGACGCUCUCUGUGAAUUACUUCCCUCAGAUUCUGACUCAGAAAAAGAGGAGGAUAAUUCAAAUUGUGCUAAGGGAAGCUACUCUGUGUCUAGCUGUAUUAAGGGCAAUAACUCUGUCACAGCUGGAUUUGUGGGGAAUAGUUCUGCUGCAGGUUCUACUAAGGCAGACAACUAUAGUUCUAGUUCUCAUAAGGGAGACUACUCUAUGGGGAGUGAUGAAAAGGGAAACAACUCUAAUGAAGAUUAUGUCAAGGGAAACAACUCUGGGAGUAAUUCUGUAAAUAAAUUUUUAUCUAGUGAUGGUGCUAAUACAUCACAUGUGAAAUUAAAAAUUUGUGAAACAAUGGAUACCUCAAACGAAUUCUCCAAAGACGUAGAGAACACUAUUUUAAGGGGAGAUAAUUAUAUUUCUAAGGGAGAUAAUUGUGUUUCCAAGGAAGAUAAUUCAGAUUCUUUUUUUGAUAGUGAUGAUUCUUACAUUAAGACAUUGGAUGAAUCAGGAUUAAUUUUACAAUCACAACUUGCGGCGUCCAAUCAGUUUGCUAAAUACAGAACCGAUGAACCUGAUGACGAAGACGAAAAACUUUUUGAUAGUGACAAAUCUUAUAUUAGAGGUUUCGAUGACUCUAACUUCACUCAAAUCACAAAUCGCGAUACCUCAGUUAAUGUUAGUUUUAACAGCGAUGAGGAUGGUAGUCAUGGUAAUAUUUUUAAAAGACAAUUAUCUGCAGCUACUGACUAUCUUUCACCCACGAAAUCACAGCGCAUUCAACAGUCUUCAGAAAUAGUUUCUCCAGUACGAAGAAAUUUACAGAAUACCAUGUUAUGAUGACAUUUGAGUUUUUCAGUAAUAUGAAAAUAAGAAUAUGUGUCUUUUUGGUCACUUAGCAAAAACCAUUAGGAGAGUCACCAACCGUUAAAAAUAUCGUUGUCAUGUCAUUUUAAAUCGAUAAAGUGUUUAAUAUUUAUUUACGAACGAUUCUAACUUAAUUCCUGAUUAAGGUUCUGAAAGGUAAUGCUUAUUUUGGCUGUUGUAAAUAUGAAAAUCUGUCAACAGAAAUCACAAUAGUAGGGGUUUCAGGUCACGUGACUUUAGCGUGAAAUCACAAUAGUAGGGGUUUCAGGUCACGUGACUUUAGCGUGAAAUCACAAUAGUAGGGGUUUCAGGUCACGUGACUUUAGCGUGAAAUCACAAUAGUAGGGGUUUCAGGUCACGUGACUUUAGCGUGAAAUCACAAUAGUAGGGGUUUCAGGUCACGUGACUUUAGCGUGAAAUCACAAUAGACCGAUUUAUAAGAACUGGUUCCAAGGUCACAAAGCAUUCUAAGACUUAAGUUAAGAAUUGACUCAACUUUCAAUCAUUGUUUAUGAGAAAUAUCUUUAAUCCAGAAACACAAAACUUUCUACAUAGUUUCUUAUUGAUGUAUUUGAUUCAUAAAAACAACAAAAGUUUUAUAAAUGGCUAUAAUUUAGUUAAAAUACGGUGAAUAAUUUUGAGCAAAUUCUUAACUUUAGUCUAAGAACGCUUUGUGAACUCGGGCCUGGUAAAAGAGAGAAUACCUCUGGGUUUCCAGCUUCAUUGCAUCCUUGUCAUUGUUUUAAAAUGUAGGACUUGAGAAGCAACAGUCUAGUCAUUCAGAUGGGAUGAAAAACCGAGGUCCCAUGUACACAUUUGAACCCUUGACUGGGAAUUGAAUCAGAGUAGGGUUUGGGUAACAUUUGACUCAUAACAAAGAAAGUGUAGGGUUAGGGUGAUUGAUUUUUAUUGAAGGGAUUAUGAAUCUCUUGUAAACUACAAUAUUGUGAUAAACUAUAACACAUACUUAUCGAAGAACAAUUACUGAUUUAUUUAGGCGACGUUUCGAAGAGUAUUCUCUCAACAUUUUCAAGCAAGUGAGAGAAUAAUCUCCAAAACAUCGCCUAAAUAAACCAGUAAUUGUUCUUCGAUAAGUAUGGGGGGGGGUUGGAUGGCUGAAUGGUUAGCGCGCACGCACUGAAUCAUAAAGUCUGUCAUUGUCGACUGGCGUGGUUUCGAUUCCCCGGUUGUACGUGACAAGGAGAAGGGUCGCCUGUCCAACCUCGUGGGUUUUAUCCGGGUCCUCCAGUUUCCUCCCACUACUAUAGACCCCUACGCGCAAGCAAAUUAUUGAAAUAAAAUUGAAACCAUAUGUUAGUCCCAAAAUGACCUAGUUUGUGUCGAGUGGACAUUAAACCCCAUUUUUCUCUCUCUCUCCUCUAAAAGAUCAUACAAUAUUGUAAUAGUUUAACCUCUAAAAGAAAUGUCGAUCCAAAAUUCAGUAUUUUUACGAAGAUAUGAUGAAUUGAAAAUCUCCCAACAUUCACUGCAGAUUAUAUAAACAAGCCGAAGCAGACAAUAUUUUUUUUUGAUUUUCCUGCCUACAUUUCUUAUAUUGCCCAUUUUUUAUUGUUUUAUAAAUUUAAUUU